GGAAUUUUCAAUUUAAUAUUUACAGAUACGGCGAUGACGACGCCUCGAAAAAAUGGCCGCCGAAAUCCACCUCCAUUGCCUGCCAAGACUCAACCUCCCAUCAAGCCGUCUUGCACCAGUCCUUCGUUUCUGUGUCCAGAUUCAACGUGCAUCCCCCCAACGCAGAUAUGUGACGGCGUUAAGGAUUGUCCUGACGGCUCUGAUGAGAAAACAUGCCUGAAACGAUGCAAAAAUAAAUCGGACUUCCUCUGCAAAGACAGGCGGAGCUGUGUUCUCAAGAAGCUGGUUUGCGAUGGCCGAGCUCAUUGUCACGACAGCUCCGAUGAGGUUGACUGUUCGCCUGUAGCUCCGCCUCCUCCGCCUGCCAACCGGAAUUCGGUGCUGAAGUGUCGUUUAGGUUCCCAGCUAUGUCAGGACGGGACUCAAUGCGUUCCCUACAGCCAUGUGUGUGAUGGAGAAAAAGACUGUCAGGAUGGCUCAGAUGAAGAAGAAUGUGACACACGGAUGACAACGCCUCCAGAAAAUGGCCGCCAAAAUCAACCUCCAUUACCUGCCAAGACUCAACCUCCCAUCAAGCCGUCUUGCACCAGUCCUUCGUUUCUGUGUCCAGAUUCAACUUGCAUUCCCCCAACGCAGAUAUGUGACGGCGUUAAAGAUUGCCCUGACGGCUCUGAUGAGAAAAGAUGCCUGAAACGAUGCAAAAAUAAAUCGGACUUCCUCUGCAAAGACAGGCGGAGCUGUGUUCUCAAGAAGCUGGUUUGCGAUGGCCGAGCUCAUUGUCACGACAGCUCCGAUGAGGUCGACUGUUCGCCUGUAGCUCCGCCUCCUCCGCCUGCCAACCGGAAUUCGCCAUGUGUGUGA